AGUGCAUGACACAUUUGAUUUUUCUCCUUUUGAACAGUCAUCUUUAUUUUGUUGUUAUUAUAUUUGUACAAUCAAUCUCUAUAUAUAAUCCAAAAACAAAAACAAAAACCAAAUUUGAAAUAAGCAUAAAGAUAAGAAAGAAGAUGGGAGAAUAUUGUGUAACAGGAGGAACAGGCUUCAUUGCCUCUUACCUUGUCAAAACCUUAUUACACAAUGGUCAUUUUGUUAGAACUACUGUUAGAAAUCCUGAGGAUGAAAGCAAGGUGGGAUUUUUGAGAGAAUUCAAUGGAGCAAAAGAGAGACUUAAGAUUUUCAAGGCGGAUUUAAUGGUGGAAGGGAGUUUCGACGAGGCCAUACAAGGCGUCGAUGGUGUCUACCACACAGCCUCGCCUGUGCUCGUUCCCUAUGAUGACAAUAUUCAGGCAAAUUUGGUGGAUCCAUGUAUCAAAGGGACAAGGAAUGUACUAAGUUCAUGUGCAAAAGCAAAUAGUGUGAAAAGAAUUGUACUUACUUCUUCUUGCUCAUCAAUAAGAUAUCGAUAUGAUGUUGGAGAGGUCUCACCUCUCAAUGAGUCUCAUUGGAGUGACCCACAAUAUUGCAAGAACUAUAAUCUUUGGUAUGCAUAUGCUAAGACAACAGCUGAGAAAGAUGCUUGGAAAUUUGCUGAAGAGACUGGAAAAGAUCUUGUUGUUGUGAACCCUUCUUUUGUGGUUGGUCCAUUGCUAGCACCACAACCCACAAGUACUUUGUUUCUCAUACUUGCUAUAAUCAAAGGUGAAAGAGGUGAAUACCCAAAUACAACAGUUGGAUUUGUGCACAUAGAUGAUGUGGUUGGUGCUCAUAUUUUGGCUAUGGAGAAUAACAAGGCAUCAGGAAGGCUUAUCUGCUCAACUGAUGUAGCUCAUUGGUCUCAGAUUAUUGACAUGCUUAGAGCAAAAUACCCAUCUUACCCUUUUGAAAACAAGUGUAGUAGCCAAGAAGGAGAUAGUAAUCCACAUAGCAUGGACACAAGAAAAAUCAGUGAAUUGGGUUUUCCUGGUUUUAAAACACUUGAACAAAUGUUUGAUGAUUGCAUCAAAAGCUUUCAAGACAAGGGUUUUCUUUGAAUUAAUAAUAUAUACUACUAGUUAUGGCUAUCUAUCCUUAAUUAAUAAUUAAUAAUGUUACUUUUUUUUUUAUUUACCAAAUUGUUCUAUGCUAUUUUGUACGGCUUAUAUGCUUGCCUUGGUGGUGUUGAACUGAGAUUGUUUUUAUGUUGGUAAUUUCAAUAAAGUUUAAAUAUUUAGAGUAAAAAA